GCAGGAUUUGUCAUCAUUGGACUUCCUCCUCACGCUUUUCUGUGCACUUGACUGGUGAUCGGCUGUAAUUCAUAUUAGCAGCUUCAGACGGAAGAACAUCGAAAUCUUUUCAUCAUGAGUCUCAUCAGCGACCCAAACUAUCUCAAACUGGAGCAAUGGUACAAAUCCAACGCCGGAAACCUCAACAUGAGGCAGAUGUUCGAGGCGGACCAAGAGAGAUUCAACAAGUUCAGUUUAAAGCUGGCGACAGAUGAUGGAGAUUUCCUGUUGGAUUACUCAAAGAAUCUCAUCAAUAAAGAAGUCCUGGGCAUGCUCUUUGACAUGGCACGAUCCGUGGGUGUUGAGGCAGCCAGAGAGAAGAUGUUUACAGGAGAGAAGAUCAACUUCACUGAGGGUCGAGCUGUUCUCCACGUUGCUCUGAGAAAUUGCUCAAACACUCCCAUCCUGGUGGAUGGUAAAGAUGUGAUGCCUGAGGUCAACCGAGUUCUGGAGCAGAUGAAGAAAUUUUGCCAUAAAGUGCGCAGUGGUGAGUGGAAAGGCUUCAGUGGUAAAUCCAUCACUGAUGUGGUGAACAUUGGCAUUGGAGGAUCUGAUCUGGGUCCUCUUAUGGUAACUGAAGCUCUGAAGCCGUACUCUAAAGGAGGACCCAACGUCUGGUUCGUCUCAAAUAUCGAUGGCACGCACAUGGCCAAGACCCUCGCCCAGCUGAACGCUGAGACCACCCUCUUCAUCAUUGCAUCCAAGACGUUCACCACGCAGGAGACCAUCACUAAUGCAGAAACAGCCAAAGAAUGGUUUCUUCGGGCCUCUAAUGAUCCAUCUGCCGUGGCCAAACAUUUCGUGGCUCUUUCUACAAACGCACCGAAAGUGAGGGACUUUGGUAUCGACACCAACAACAUGUUUGAGUUUUGGGAUUGGGUCGGCGGGCGUUACUCACUGUGGUCGGCUAUUGGUUUGUCCAUUGCACUGCACGUAGGAUUUGACAACUUCCAGCAGCUGCUUGCUGGUGCUCAUUGGAUGGAUAACCACUUCCGCUCUGCUCCUCUGGAGGAAAACGCUCCGGUCAUACUGGCAUUGCUCGGCGUCUGGUACGCCAACUUCUUCCAGGCUGAGACGCAUGCCCUGCUGCCCUACGAUCAGUACAUGCACCGCUUCGCUGCUUACUUCCAACAGGGAGACAUGGAGUCCAACGGGAAGUACAUCACAAAGUCUGGCGUUCGCGUGAAUUACCACACCGGACCCAUCGUGUGGGGGGAACCAGGAACCAACGGGCAGCACGCUUUCUACCAGCUCAUUCAUCAGGGCACACGCUUGAUUCCAGCUGACUUCCUCAUACCAGCUCAGAGUCAGCAUCCAAUCAGAGAUAACCUACAUCACAAGAUCCUGAUGGCAAACUUCCUGGCUCAGACGGAGGCUCUGAUGAGAGGAAAAACCUCUGAGGAGGCUAAGAAGGAGCUCCAAGCUGCUGGGAUGUCUGGAGAGCCGCUGGAGAAACUCUUGCCUCAUAAAGUAUUUGAAGGAAACAAGCCAAGCAACUCUAUCAUCUUCAAGAAACUUACACCCUUCAUGCUCGGUGCAUUAGUUGCCAUGUAUGAGCACAAGAUCUUUGUGCAAGGUGUGAUUUGGGACAUCAACAGCUAUGACCAGUGGGGUGUGGAACUGGGCAAGCAGCUGGCCAAGAAGAUCGAACCCGAGCUGCAGGAUGAUGCGGAGGUUCAUUCCCACGAUUCCUCUACAAACGGUCUCAUCAGUUUCUUCAAGAAGAAUCGCUCUUAAACAUUUCCUGACUGCAUCGUUUUCAAUCCCUAACCCCCCUCUGCUGGCCUCCUCGUUCACAGGGAUUCGUGAAUUAUGUAUUAAUGCUUUGCAUAGUUCAGACCAGAUAGGCCUGGUCAAGGAGAAUGAGCACUUUAUGUCUGUCAUCAUGUCUAAGCCAUGAGAUUCUUGUGUGUUGUGAAAGAUUUGACUGUCUGUAUGCACUGCUCAGUCUAGAUACUGUCUCCUCUGGACCAACAAACCACAUUAAAUGUGUUACUGUA